AUGGAAAAGGUCAUUGAUUCAGGGGCUGCUGAAAUUGCACCACCUCCUACAGGAAAAGAGACAUGGUAUCUUCCUAUAUUUGGUGUGUACCAUCCGAAGAAGCCAGAUAAAAUAAGAGGAGUUUUUGAUUCGUCAGCUGUUUGCAAAGGCAUAUCUUUGAACAGUGUGUUAUUGUCAGGACCUAAUUCAAUUAACAGUCUGCUCCACAUAUUAUUAAGAUUCCGGAAAGAUGAAAUUGCAGUUAUUGCAGAUAUCGAGCAAAUGUUCUAUUCAUUUCAUGUCAAAUUAGAUCAUAGGGACUAUCUGCGAUUCUUUUGGUAUCGCGACAAUGAUACCAGCAAAGACCUUAUUGAAUAUCGUAUGUGUGCCCAUGUGUUUGGGAAUAGUCCAUCUCCUGCCGUGGCUACAUAUGGGCUGAGGAAAACUGUAACAGAUGCUGAAGAUGAUGUUAAAAGCUUUGUAGAAGAAAACUUCUAUGUCGAUGAUGGCCUCAUUUCAUUGCCAGAAACAGAAAAUGUCAUUGAUCUUGUAAAGAGAACCCAGAAGCGUUUACAAACUGCAAACCUUAGAUUGCACAAGAUCGCAUCAAACAGUAAAGCAGUAAUGAAAGCAUUUCCGCAAGAUGACCUACAAAAUGACUUGCGGUCACUCAACUUUGAUGAAGAUAUGUUACCCAUAAACCGUAGCCUUGGUCUUUCUUGGGAUCUCAAUACUGAUAACUUCAAGUUUAACAGCUAUUUCGAGCAGAAGCCUUACACUCGUCGUGGUCUAUUGUCCACUCUAAAUAGUGUUUAUGAUCCUUUGGGUUUCGUAUCGCCUCUCACCAUUCGCGGAAAGUUGCUCUUGAGAGAAAUCACUGCUGGAGCAGACUGGGAUGAACCACUUGAGCCAGACCUAGAGAUGAAAUGGAAUGUUUGGAAAGAAUCUCUACUCUCACUGGAUGAUUUGAUAAUACCAAGAAUGUUUGUUGCUGAAUCACUGAGCAGAAGUAACAAUCCGGAACUACACAUUUUUUCCGAUGCUUCAGAGAAGGCUGUAAGUGCAGUUGCAUACAUUAGAGUGUGCGACAAAGAUAAUGUAAAGUCUGUUGGUUUUGUAAUGGGAAAGAGUAAGAUAGCUCCUUCAAGUGGACACACUAUCCCUCGAUUGGAACUUUGCGCUGCACUUCUUGCGGCAGAGAUUGGAGCCAUAAUUGUGGAGGCUUUAAAGGUUAAAUUCAACACCAUAAAGUUUUACAGCGAUAGCAGAGUCGUUUUGGGGUACAUUUGCAACACCACUCGUCGCUUCUAUAACUAUGUCAGUAAUCGCAUUCAGAAGAUUUUACAACUAUCUGAAGCUAAGCAGUGGAAUUAUAUCAAUACAAAAUCCAAUCCAGCUGAUAUCGGAAGUAGAGGUUGUUCGUCUACUGAUCAACUUAGAACAUGGCUACAAGGUCCUGAAAUGCUUUACAAAAGAAAUGUUGAAAAAAUUGAAGAAUUUUCAAUGAUAGCACCCAAUGAAGAUAAAGAUGUUCGUGCUGAAUUAACUACGAACAAAACAUUAGUCAUAAAGAGUUUGUCACACAAGUUUGACCGUUUCUCAUGUUGGAAAAGGCUAGUCACAGCUAUUGUUGUCUUGAAGAGAGCUAUCAGACAAAGGUCCAGUAAAGAUGAGAUAGAGAAAGAUAACAGAUACCUUACGGCUUCAUCAGAGAAACUUAUCCUGAAACUAGAUCAAGAAAGAUAUUAUAUGGAAGAAUUGAAGAGCCUUGCUGAAACCAAUCAUGUCAAUCGCAACAGUGCUAUUGUAUCGUUGAAUCCAUACUUGGAUAAUGAUGGACUUAUACGCGUAGGAGGACGCCUGGGCCAAAGUUGUCUACAAAUUGAGUUGACCAACCCAAUUGUGUUGUCCGGGAGAAGUCAUAUUGCUACAUUGAUCAUACGUUAUUUCCAUGAAAAAAUAAAACAUCAAGGUAGACAUCUAACAGAAGGUGCUAUUAGGAGCAAUGGUUAUUGGAUCAUAGGAGCAAAGAGGCUUGUAUCCUUCACUUAUUCAUAA